AGAACCCUAAAAGAGACGCUUUGCGCGCCUUAAUACACUCACUGUCUUCUUCUCACUUUUGGAAAUUGGAAUCUACAUUGAAAUCGCAAAUUCUCCUAUAAAUCAUUCGUAAUUACAUCGCCGUGAGAGAGAAACCAAUCCCGUCGAAUUGGAUUAUCGUCUUCGGUGGAUGAAUCGUAAUGGCGAAAGCAGAUAACGACUUCUCAGCGGAGAUAGAGACCCAGCCGAUUAAUUCGAAUCCCUCUUCGCCUUCUGAUUCUGGGGAAGAUAAAGAUAGCUUGCUUGGGGAUUAUGAUGAAACACAACCUUUUGAGGAUGAUGCUUGGAUUAAUGAUCAGUAUAUGGACACUCAGGUCAUUGAUACUAAAUGUGACAAUGAAGAGUUUCUUCUCUGUGGUGAAACUCAAGCAGUUGAUUUGGUGUUUGAUAUCCAAGAACAAGAGACUUUUGUAGAAGGGACUCAGUUGCUCGAAGCUUUUGAUGGUUUGGCUACACAGGUUUUGGAUUGUUUUGAUGAUGAGGUUGUUGCGGAUAGUGAUGAUGAUGUUACUGCUGUCUUGGAAGAUGAUAAUGAGCUCUUUGACGGCAGUGGUGACUCUUGUAGUAAAGGUGAAACUGUUUUAUCUAGUGAAGAGAAUAGACAGGAUGCUAAUGAAAAGGUUGGAUCGACAUGCGCCCUUGAUGGUUGGUCAAAUGAACAUGGGAUUUCUGGCAAAAAGGUGGCAAGGUUCGCUUCAGUUCGUUCAGCAGCUUUUCGUGCUUCUGCUGUGGCAGCUCGUGUUGCAAACCAAAAGGUUCCCAACAGUGUUGGAGAAGUAGGGAAUCUGGAAUCUCUUACCAGUAUAUUUGCUGAAAAGAAAAAUGACUUACGCACAGGAAACAGAACAGCGAGGAAGCUUUUCAUGGAAGAUUUGCCUGAUGAAAAUUCCCAUUCUGUUGAUGACGAGGUCGAUCUGGGGAAUUUGAGUUAUAUUGACUCUCAAGAACCUGGUGAGGCAUCCCAGGCCAGUGCUCUUAACUUGGUUGAUAAGCUCAUUAGUGAGGCCCGUCUGGAGUUUGGUUUUGAAGUUGAAGCGGACUGUGGAAGGAGAACAGAAGAAAAGUCAAAAUGUGUUCCGGUUUUUAAAGGCCCACAAGAAUUAGCAAAGAAAUUAAGUUACAAAAGCGAAGCUGUUGAAAACUGUAUUUUCGACUGGGAUGAUAAUCGUGAGGAUGAAGGAGGAGGUGAUAUCUAUCGUAGAAGAAAAGAUGAAUUCUUUGGCGUUGCAAGUAAAGGACGGGAAUAUUCUACCUUGCCUAGAGAUCAGAAAAGUGAAAUGAUACAUGAAAGUCAUAGUGUGAAGACUCGUUCUGAUUCCAAACUGUUGCAGCAUAGAAUGACUAGGAGCCGAAAGAAUAUCCAGGCUGCUAAAAAGAAUCUUGGCAAAGAGGUAGAUGAAGUUCGUGAAGCGGUUGUUUUGGGCAAUGAUACACAAGUGGCUGAUCAAGCGAUGGAUGAUCAGUGCUUUGGAGACCGUAGCAAGUUUGUUUCUGAGGCGAGUUGUCUUACAGGAAAGAAACUGUCACCGGGAGAAGAAAGAGGAUAUUCGCCCGGUGGAGUCGUUACUAGACAAUCCAGGGGAGCUAAGAGGAUUCAGGCUAUGAGUAAAGAUGAAUUGUUGAAAAAAAGAAUGAAGAAGGCUAGUCAGAAUAUCGAAGGGUCUUCAAAGGGUGACCAGCUUGAUAAAGAAGGUCCAUCCUGCUGGAAAAGUAGGAAGGUCCAGACUGCUUCAGGAGAAACGAAAAAGAAUCUUGUUGUCAGUUUAGAUGAAGUUUCCAAGGAAAGUGAUACAAAAAUGUCUGAUAGGCAUGAAGGGGCAGAAGCAGGCCCUGAUACACAAAUGGCUGCUGAAGUGAUGAAUGCUCUGUACUCUGGGGACGGCAGGGGAACUGAUCCUGAGCUAAACAAUCUAAUAGGUAAGAAAUUGUCACUGGAAGGAGACAUUUCUACUUGUGGAGUCGUUACCAGAAAAUCCAAGAGGAUUAAGGGGAUUCAAGCUGUGGAUAGUAAUGUUGAAUCAUUGAAUAUAAAAACCAAGAAGGCUAGAUCAAUUCCUGCUAAGUCUUGUGAGAAGAAUAGGGAUACGUAUUCAAAAAGUGAAAAUACGCUUGAUGAAGCUGAGGUGUUGAAUCAUCCCAAGCGGAGAAGAUCAACUCGUAUUUUGCAAAAUCAGGUUGAUGAGGCAGGAAGGAGUUCAGAUGCCUCUUUUGAUACUCCAGUUAAGUUUAAGAUGCCUUCAGCUAAUGUAUCGCCUAUAUGCAUGGGUGACGAGUAUCAUAGACUUUCUUGUAAGGACUCAGUUACAUCACACACUACAAGGGAAUAUCGUAGCUUAACCUUACCAUUAUUGGAACCUAACUCCGAGACAAAGAGUACUAGAAAGAGAAGAGAUUUGGGCAGUGUAUGUGUCUUAUUCAGCCAGCAUCUUGAUGAAGAUGUAACCAAACAUCAGAAGAAGAUUUUGGCACGGUUCGAUAUUUCGGAAGCUUCCUCCAUGAAUGAGGCAACACACUUCAUUGCUGAUAACUUUACGCGUACAAGGAACAUGCUAGAGGCAAUCGUUUCAGGCAAGCCGGUGGUCACAACGCAAUGGCUUGAAAGCAUCAAUCAAGUAAACAUAUACGUUGACGAGGAUCCGUAUAUACUCAGAGAUAUAAAGAAGGAGAAGGAGUUCUCUUUCAACAUGGUAGUUUCUUUGGCUCGUGCACGCCAGCUUCCGCUACUAGAGGGGAGAAGAGUUUUUAUUACCCCAAAUACAAAGCCUGGUUUAAACACAAUCACGACUUUGGUUAAAGCAGUUAAUGGACUGCCUUUACAAAGACUCGGAAGAUCUACCCUGAGCAAAGAUAAAGUCCCAGAGAAUCUUUUGGUUUUAUCAUGUGAAGAGGAUCGCGCUAUCUGCAUACCGUUUCUAGAGAGAGGUACUGAGGUGUAUAGCUCGGAGUUAAUUUUAAAUGGAAUAGUUACUCAAAGACUUGAGUACGAGAGGUAUCGUCUCUUCACAGAGAAUGUGAGGAGAACGCGGUCAACAAUAUGGAUCAAAGACGUAAAAGGCAAGUUCCAACGUCGUAGCGGGUGAAAGAGUAAAUGCGAUCAAACUCUUAUAUGUUUUAGAUUAGAUUAGAAAGUUAACAUGUUGUUGUCUUUGGCUUCAAAGAGUGUAAAUUAUCUGCGUGAUACAUUUUACUCUUCUCUAAAGUCGUUUGAAAGUUGUAUCAUUUCCCUUUUAUUACGAGAGCUGGGUUUUGAGUCACAGUCAUUAUGAAUAAUAAGUUGGAUUCUCAAAGCUUUGCCUAUCUA